UACGAUCUGUACAGAUCAUCACAACCUCUCAACUUAUGUGACGAAAAGCUUUCACUCUUUCACUGGGAUUCUAAAUAAAGUAACGACAAAAAAUAUUUUAAUGAUGCCUGUACGUGGAGUACUGAUGAAUAUUAUAUCUAGAAAUGUUUCUACAUCAACUAUGUCUAAUCAAAUAAUUAAAUUAACGAGAUUAAGAGUAGUAGAUAAUAGCGAAAUUGGGAAACAGGCUAUGAUGGAAGGGAAACCACCACGUUGUAUUCAUGUUUAUAAUAAGAAAGGGGUUGGUUACAUAGGUGACAGAGUAAUGGUUGCUAUAAAAGGAGAAAAGAAGAAGGGUAUAUUGGUUGGGUUGAAGCAGAAACAAAAUGCAAAAGUACCAAAGUUCGACAGCAACAACAUAGUUCUGAUAGAUGACAAUGGAACACCCUUAGGUACUAGAAUACAUGUACCGAUUCCUCAUAUUAUUAGAACAAUCAUGAAAGAAAAAACACAUACCAAAGGUGCAGAUUAUACAAAACUUUUAGCCAUAGCUACAAAGUUUGUUUAAAAUAUGCAGAUGACUAUUAAUUUGUUUACAAUAAUUAUAAAUUACAAUUUAUAUUUCUGUA